CACGCUGCUGCUGGGGGGACUUUUUAACCUAGGCCUGUGUAUGGCCUUCAAUUGAAGCUGCUUCCGCUCGCGCCACACUCUGCCAUUGGACUCUUGAUAGUAGUCUCCCCACGCUGCUGCUGGGGGGACUUUUUAACAUAGGCCUCUGCCUCUGUAUGGCCUUCAAUUUAAGCUGCUUACGCUUCGCCAUUCUGCCAUGGGCCCCUGUACCGCCUCCUCUUGCUGCUGCCAGGUCCAGAGUGUGUCAUGGGUCCCUGUACGGCCUCCCAUUGCUGCUGACUUCAUCGCCAGACUCUGCCAUGUGCCACUUUCAGGUCUCCUUACACUGUUGGUGGGUUCCAUUUUGU